ACACACACUACCCUCAGAGGGGACACACCUGGGGAGAGGUCAUAUCAGAGCGGGAAUUAAUUCGACAUGGCACAUUUCAGCAGAGAACUGUGAUAUUUCUGCGGUCUGCGUGGAAGAAAACACUGGAAUGACUUGUGCGCGGAGGAAAACAGUGACGGACGACGUAAAUAUUUACAUGCCCUUGUUCACAGCAGUACUGCUCGCUGUCGACUAAACUCACACUGGAACCUACAUCGUGUGCCUUUGAGAGACUGAGGAGGAACUGCGAUGUUAACACGUACAAACAACGACUGAAAUAAAAAUACGGGCGGGAAACGAAACAUCCUGCCGUAAGAUCGUGCUAGAAUUCUGUUGAACCGGACUGUGAGAGUUUCUGGAGGUUUGCGAGACUGCUCUUCUCUGCGGUCAUGCCGCAGGCGUCAUCAGAUCUAUUCCCUACCUGAGGGAAUCGAGGAUUACUGGUGUUUUGGCAGAAGAUAUUAAUUAUGACCUAAUUGGACUGAAAUACAAGAAGUUUGGAAUGUAACACGCUGUGUUUUAGAUGUUUUGCCGCCUUAUAAAAUUCCAAAAUAAUUUUGCGCGUGCAAACGGAGGAUUCUAAAGAGUAAACUGACGUUACACGAGUCAGCUGUGAAUGAUAUAAAAGUUCAACGUUUUGUAAACUACAAUUUUGGUGGGAAAUUGGAUGAGAAAUGUACGCAGUGGAGUCAACUUUUUAAGUAAUUUUAUGAGCGUAAUCGCUUCGUACCGCGUAACCCAAACGGUCGUUUUGCGCUCCUUGUGCAAGGAGGGUUUGUAUAUAAACCCUCAAGACGUUUUAAACAAAACACAAGUAUUUUUGUGAGAUAUUUGUGAUGUGUUUAUACAUGGUAAUGUGAUAAAUAACGACAGUAAAGUGUUUUAUUGAUGCACCGCCCGAUACAAACAUCAUGAGCAGCUGUUGCUAUGGUUACCUACGCAGAAGCGAUUUCUGUUCGCGUACGUAAAUUUUGUGGUUACUGAAACGUUAUUCGAACGCUGUUGAAACAUAUAAAUGCUUAUGUAAAAAUCAAUUUCUAAGACCCCCAACUUUAAUUUGGGGUAUUCAUGCCUUAAUUAGGGGGUCGUAAACCCCCCCCCUCAAACCUCCCUUAUAUUUCACACCCUGUGAAUGAGCACUUUGUGAAACAGAUUUUACUGAAAUGCCAUUCGAUGCAAGUUUUUGUAAUUUUAUUAUAUAAAUUCACAUCUUAAUGUAAGUAUAUUUUCUCUGUCAGCUUAGAGAUGACAGGUGUAAGGUGAGCAGAAGGGCUUUUAAAACACUGUUCUCCAAUAAACUUUAUAGGAACACUUAUUUCUUAUUUUCAUUUGUUUCUUACAAAAUUUAAUCUCGCGUACAAUUAAAAGACUUUUAAUAGUUAAAUGUGAAUUCAUUUUGAAAGUAUGCCCAGUCUGGAGGCCCUUUUCCAGGGUGAGACUCUAUAACCAAACAUGGGAGCGAAGCAAACGAAGGCCGCGGGACAGGAGGCAGGAGCGAGUCCUCAGAGCACAGGAUGGAAACGGACCCCAACGAAAGAGCGAGGAGACAUCCUUACUUCUAUAAUGUUGAAGUCAGGAGACAAACUGAGGAGCAGUGGGACUCCUCCUCCUUACCAGCGGCGCAUCAGGAUGAUACAAGAGAUGAUGCUGAUGGCAAAGCAGGGGAAACACGAUGAGGCGACAGAGAUGCUGAAGACUCUCCGGCAGGAUCUGGGAAUGGAGUCAACCUCUCUGGACGAUGUUCUCUACCGCUAUGCCAGUUUCCGCAACCUGGUGGAUCCCAUUACCCAUGACCUCAUUAUCAGCCUGGCCAAAUAUAUUCACUGCCCAAAGACGGAGGGAGAUGCUUUGGGUGCCAUGGAGAAGGUGUGCCGUCAGCUGACCUACCACCUGAGCCCACACUCCCAGUGGAGACGGCAGGGGCUGCUGAAGAGAAAGCCACAGGCCUGUCUGAAGUCAGUUCUUUCAAGCCCUCCCUCCAGUAGGACAUUAGAUCUGUCUGGCAUCCCUCUUGGAGUGAAAGACAUGGAGCGUCUCUGUGCCUACCUGCAUCACCACGCGUCCCGCAUCGGCAGCCUUGAGCUGGGCUUCACCGAGCUCACAGACGAUGCCUUCCUUCUGCUCCUCCCUACGCUGGCGUCUCUUCCCCGCCUUGAGACGCUGGCCCUCAAUGGCAACAGGCUGACCCGUGCUGUGCUCAAAGAGCUCACAGACACACUGAAAGACCCAGACAGCUUCCCCAGCGUCACCUGGAUCGACCUGGGGAACAACGUGGACAUCUUCUCCCUCCCACAACCAUUUCUGGUGAGCCUGCGCAAGCGCUGCCCCAAACAGGGCAACCUUCCCACCAUCCUUGAGUUCGGCGAGAGCCAGGCCAGCGAGCCGGAGGGCCGAGUGGAUGAGGACGAUGCAGAUGAUACAAACAGGACUGAGAGUAUGGGAGAACUCAGAUCUGAGGUAGAAGAAGAGAUUGACGGUGAGAUGGAGAUCGAGGACAUGGUGGAGAAGUUGCUGGACUUUGACAGGGAGGUGCAGGGCAAGGAGGACGAAGACGACAGUAUGUGGACCUUGGAGGAGCAGCGGCUGGUAAAAGAUCCAGUUGCAAAGCGGAGCAAAGAGAAAAGGCCGUCCAAAGCAGAGGGCGAAGAGGACUUACAAAGCCAGUCUUCCCAUCUGUCCUGCUCCAGCCAGUCACAGCACUCUUCUGGAGCCAUCGAGCCUUUAAGAGAAGAUUCUGUCCCAGACCAGUUAGCGUGUCAUUCGAACAACCCUACCUGA